AUGCUAUACCAUAGCUUGCUCCCUCUCUUUCUCGCCCCCCUUUUAGCAGCCUCCGAGAUCCCUUUUAAAGAGUACAUCCUCGCACCCCCCUCCCGGAUUAUCCGCCCCUCUAUUGUUUAUGGCACUAAUGGGACUGUCUCUGGUGCCCUACCUGGUACGCUCACACUUGCCGCCAAAUCUUCUAUAACCUACGAUUUUGGAAAAAACAUCGCCGGUUGGGUGACUCUUGUUGUUGAAGACGCUCGAAAUGCCUCUUCCAUAAACGUGACUUUCUCUGAGUCUUCGUUAUGGAUAUCUAGUGAGCAUUGUGAUGCGACAGCAGACGCCGGAUUCGAUGAGCCAUUGGUGCUUGAGAUUGAUGGCGAGGGUGAGUAUAGUGCACCGUGGGAGAGAGAAAGGGGUGCGUUUAGGUAUAUGAGUAUUGCAGCUGGUGAAGAGGUCGUGUUGGGAGAUGCGUGGGUUUAUUUUACAGCAAUGCCUCAUUGGGGCGAUGAUGCACUUCAGGACUAUACCGGGUGGUUUCAUUGCGAUGAUAAUCAACUCAACCGGAUUUGGUACGCCGGGGCUUAUACAAACCAAUUGGACACGAUUGACCCCUUACGCGGAGAUGCACUAAUCUUUUUCCAAAAGAUUACCUCCGCAUCCAUCGUGAACGGGACUCUUCCAUGGUACAACAACUUCACCAUCACCAACGGAUCCUCGGCGCUCACCGAUGGUGCAAAGCGCGACCGUCUUGUGUGGGCUGGCGACAUGGCGAUCGCUGUUCCCGGGCUUGCAGUCUCUACUUUUGAUCUGAUCUCUGUCGCGAACUCUCUCGACUCCCUCUUUGCGCUCCAGCUAGAGAACGGCAUGCUACCGUACGCUGGCACACCAUUCAACGAAGCGGGCGCCAUAUCUUUCACCUACCAUCUCUAUACUCUCAUCGGAGUUGCCGACUACUACCACUGGUCCGGUGAUCUCACCUACUUGCAAACAUAUUGGCCAGCCUGGAAACACGCCAUGUCCUGGAGUGUCGAUCACGUUGACUCCAGUGGUCUCGCAAACAUCACUUCUCCAUCUGACUGGCUGCGUUUCAACAUGGGAGGCUAUAACAUUGAGGCGAAUUCGAUCCUAUAUUUUACUCUCAACUUGGGUAUUAGCCUCGCUAGUACAAUGAAUGACACUUCUGUAGUAGAAAACUACAGUACCUACAUGGCGGGUAUUAAGUCUGCCGCUAAUUCCAUUCUAUGGGAUGAUAAAGCGAGCCUCUAUAAGGAUAACGAAACCGACACCACUCUCCACCCGCAGGACGGUAAUGUUUGGGCCGUCAAGUCCGGAAUCCUCCCUACGCCCUCACGGGCAAAGGAGAUUUCUGCUGCUCUCCGCGAAAGAUGGACUCCCUAUGGUGCUCCGGCACCUGAGGCAGCAGACGCAAUCUCGCCAUUCAUUUCUGGCUUUGAGUUGGAAGCUCACUUCAUGGCGAAUGAGACGCAGAAUGCUCUUGACUUGAUGAGAAUGAUGUGGGGUGACUUCAUGCUGGACGAUCCAAGGAUGACGAACUCCACGUUUAUCGAGGGGUACAGCACCACUGGAGAGUUACACUAUGCGCCAUACACCAACGAUGCAAGAAUCUCUCAUGCUCACGGAUGGGCGACGGGACCGACAAGUACUAUGACUAUAUUUAUUGCCGGUAUCAAACUCACUUCAGAAGCGGGAAGGACCUGGUCGAUAGUCCCCCAGACUGGCGACCUCCAAUAUGCAGAGGCAGGAUUCUCAACCUCGCUGGGUCUGUUCUCGUCUUCGUGGCGCUUUGAUAAGAAGGAUAGCCUUUCUUUGGAGAUCAGUACACCUGAGGGGACGACCGGCGAUGUUGGGAUUCCGACAGGGGGAAAGGACGGGAUAGUUGAAGUGAGGGGAAAAGGGAUGAAGUUCAGGAUGAAAUAUAAGAGUGAUGAAUAUAACAGGUUUUGGAUUCAUGACCUAGAGGGAGGCGACUACGAAAUUAAUAUCUUGAGGAAAUAG